AUGAAUGAUAUAGAUCGUGCAAUAUUUUACUACGUUGGUUGUAAUCCUUCAUUUUGUUAUGAUCUUUGUAUGGAAACUCUUUCUGAGAGGGAAGAAAGUGUUUAUGAUGUUAAUUAUUGCAAGCAAGAUGGAUAUGAAAAAAGUAUAAGAAAGAGCGAAGAAGUAUUUUCAGUAGAAGAUUAUGAAGAAUAUUCAUAUGACGAAUGCAUUUGUAUUUUAGCAGAAGAAACUGGCUUAUAUAUUGCAAAAGCAGAGGAUGGCACAUCGAUGAGUUCAUAUUAUUCAAUAAAAUAUUUUGGAAUAAAACUUGCCCUUCUUGAAAAGAACAUUCUCCCUAAACAAAUUAAAAAAUAA